GAGAGAACAGGGUCAAACACCUUCGGCUAUGAUGGACUUACUCUGCAGUACAAGCUUGACAAUGAGUUUGAACUGGUAUUCGUGGUUGCUUAUCAGAAGAUAUUGCAAUUAUCCUACAUAGACAAGUUUCUUGACUGCAUACAUCUGGAGUUUAGAGACAAGUACAAGGAUGACUUGCUGGAGGGAAACACGAUAGGAAACUUUUCCUUUGCUGAUGAAUUUACGAGGGUGCUGCGGAGUGUUGAGGAGAUGAGCAAGCGUAAGGCAAAAGCCCCAAAGAAGAUGAAGACUUACGAGCAAUCCGUAAAAUCACAGAAAACAGUUGCUUCCAUGAUAGAGAGAAAGGAUGAUGUAAAAUCAGCACCGAAACCCACAAAAGAAGUGUCAAAGAAGCCUGUUGCCAUGGCCGCCGCCCCGCUCGCAGCUAACGGUGGCUCGCCUCCGUCGGAGCAGGAUCAGAUCCUCAUCAACCGGAUGAAGUUCUUCGAGAAGCAGCAACCGAGACCAAAACCCAAGGAGAAGGCUCUCAGCGACAAGAAAAGCCCGAAGGCCAACGCGGUCGAGACUAAGAAGUCAAAGCAAGCGAGGCAGUGGGAGCACGGAGGAACGAACAAAGACAUACACGUGCUCGACUUCAGUAACAAAGAACAGCAACAGAACGGCACUGAGAACAACCUGGAGAACAUCACCGCAGAGAGGGUGAGACUUGUGGGAAAGAUGAAAGGUGAGAUCAAAGGCAUGGAGGUAGAGUCGGAUGAGGAGGAGGAGGAGGAGGAGGUGCAGGAGGAGGAGGUUGUGAAGGAAGUGACUGUGAAGGGUUCCCCCAGCAAGGGCGCAUCAACAGCAAAGGGUCAGCCGGCAGCAGGAUUCGGAAUGUUUAAUGUUUUCAAGAGUCUUGUUGGAUCGAAGGUGAUCAGUGAUGAGGACAUGAGGCCCGUGCUUGACCGCAUGAGAGACCAUCUGAUCGGUAAAAACGUGGCCAUAGACAUAGCAGACCAGCUGUGCCAGUCUGUAGGAAAGAAGUUGGAAGGCAAAGUACUCGGCACGUUUAGUGGCGUGGCGUCGACUGUGCGCGCGAGUCUCACGGAGGCGUGCAUGCAGAUCCUGCUUCCUCAGCGUCGUGUCGACAUCCUGCGUGACGUCAUGGAAGCCCAGCGCACGCGACGACCGUACACCGUCACCUUCUGCGGCGUCAACGGCGUCGGCAAGUCGACAAACCUCGCCAAGGUGACGUUCUGGCUCGUAGAGAAUGGCUUCCGUGUGCUGAUCGCUGCGUGCGACACGUUCCGCGCGGGAGCGGUCGAGCAGCUGCGCACGCACACACGCCACCUCAACGCCCUGCAUCCGCCCGACACGCACGCUGGCGUGCAGAUGGUGCAGCUCUACGAGAAGGGCUACGGCAAGGAUGCGGCCGGCAUCGCGAUGGAAGCCAUCAACUACGACCGUUGA